GGGCCGAUCGAUCGGCGCGGAACAGCCGAGAGGAAAACGCGGCGGACCCCUGGUCGGAACGGGCCCGACCUUCGCCAAAGCCCGAAGAGAAGAUUUUCAUUCAGUCAAAAUCUGUUUACGGUACGCAGCGGACGUGCGGCGUGUAUGUGCCCAUCUCACGUGACCGAAGCGCGCGCGCGCGCCCUCUUUCUUUGAGCCAAAAAGCCAGCCAGCCAAUACUGAUUCCGUCGAUUCCGAGUGGGGUUUUCGGCUGUUUUGCGUUAGUGUGUCUCUGCCGCAACCUCGCCCCCUAUCCCACAGUGUGUGUGUGUGCGCGAGAAUUUUGGAAAGAAAAAGAUUGAGACAACGCGAAUCGCAAGUGAAAAUCAAACGAAAUACAAAUAAAAAAAUACAGGUGCUUAAAUCAGGUGCCCCGCAGCAUCGUGCUAGAAUUGUUGGGUGAAAAUUGUGAAUAGCAGCAAAGCGUGUGUGCGUGGCUCACGGUGAAAUCGAACGCAUCCUGUGUGCGGUGUUGAGGUGAAAAGUUUAAGUAAAUUUUGCGUUUUGCGCAAAACUUGUGCCCGAGCGAGCAAAAGGCCUUGCGGCGAUAGUGUGCACCGACCACCGGGGAAAACUGUGUGCCCGAGACUUGCCGACUGAAUGCCGGGAGGGAAGAGUGAAAAAUCAAUUCGAGUACAGCAACCUCUCACCCGCCUGCCCUCGCCGAAUCGGCCUGCCGCAGCACGGGGUUUGGAGAAUUGUGCUGUAAAUCAUUUUCCUCCUCACACCGAAGAGGUAUUGCCGUGUGCCGUGAGUUUAUGUGUGUGUGUGCUUCAAAGGAAAAUAUCGCAUAGUUUUCCCUAAGUGAAACGAAACGAGAAAAAUUCUAACCCCAUUUUACACACCCCACAGCCGAAAUCAUUCGACCAGUGUGAGGGGUGUGCUCGACGCUUUCCCAAAACCACAGUGGGCAAUGGAAGUGAAGUGAAGUUUCCCUGCCCCGUACGUGAUCGUGUACGUGUGUCUGUGCGUGUGUGUGUGUGCAUCUUGAAAGAUAAUGGUGCGUACGUUCGUUCGCAGCAGCAGCAGCAGUAACAGCAGCAGUAGAGCAGCAGCAGUGCGAAGUUACGUCUUACUACUUCCACCCAAGAUUGCUGCAGCGUGAAGCAAAAACCGCAAAGUCAGCAAACGGCAGCAUCUUCCCGUCCGCAAGCACACAAGCGAACCCUCCGGGUAGGCAGCGGAAAAAAAGAAGGGGAAAAGGCAGCAAACCAACCUAAAAAAAAAAACAAUCCCGUCGUGGUUCGAACGCAAAACCAAUCCGGCAACGUCGGCGAAAGGCGGUCAGAACACACACACACACACACAAAAAGCGUCUACAUUUUCGCAGCACAGCUUUUUGGCCCUUUCCGGCGGCCACCGGAAAUUGCCCACACACCCCCUGGGUUCCUCCCUAUUCCCCCGUGCGUGUGUGUGUAUGUGUGUGUGUGUACGUAUGUGAUUGUGGUUGCUUUGCCCUUCCGAAAGCAUCCAAAAGAAGUGAAAAAAAAUUAAACCUGGAAGGCGAGAAUAUUUGAUUUUCGUUUCAUUUCGGAUUUAUGAGGCAUUGGCUACCGUCUUCUUUUUUCUCAGUGUGUGUGUGUGUGAGUGUGUGCUGUAUUGCACCAGCUAGUGUUUCCGCACAUUCCCCGGCUGUGCCCUGAGGGUGAAUAAUUCAAAGUUCAAUUCGCCAUAACUGAAUUGGCCGCAGCUGCGAAUCACGGUCGGGCCGUAACGCGCGUGCAGCCGUGUAACGCCGUGCACCGUAACGCUACAGUCGACACACGGUGAACCGAUCAAAUCAUCAUCCCAUCGCUGCCAGUGUGCCAGUGAGUGAAGCGUUUCCCAACAUCAUCAUCAUCAUCAUCGGCAUUAAGCGGAAGCAAGCGGGGAAGUUGAAAGAGCGGUGGAUUCGGUUUUCCCACCCUCAAAGUGCCGGGCCUGUGCUGCAGCAUAAGCGUUACGUAAUAAAUUUUCAUAUAAAACGGCCCCAUAACAAGGAUUAAAUUGGAUUUAUUACCAGUGAAUGAAAAAUUGAUUUAUGUACAAAAUUGAUUUUUCUCCCACAAUCGUGCCACACCGUGCUGUGUGUCCUGUGUGAAAACGGUUUAAUGCGGUUGUGUGUGUGUGCGUGUUGAAACCCAAAAAAAAAAAACAUCGCAGGGAAAGUGUAGUGAAUGGAGCCCAAUGUGCAUAAUAAUUAAUCCCUUGUUAAUCGAUUGAAAAAGCGGAAGAGAGUGAGAGAAAAAUAUAUAAAAAAACGAAUCUCCGAGUCCGAGUGUAUGAGGCAGUUUAUCAAUGAAGUUUGUGUCCUGCAGGCCACUCAGCGUGCGUUGAGCCACUCGCCAGUCGCCGGUGCAGAAGGAUCCGGGAGCCCAGCCCAGCCGCAGCUGGACCGCAGUGAGUAAUGCAAAUGAAAUCCCCCAGCAGGCGUAGAGCUCUGCCGUCCCCGUUCUGCACCGAUAGCGCCAUGGGCCCGACGACGGCACGGUGCAUUUGUUGAUCGUCCACACAGAGAGACACGAAAACGAAAAAAAAAACACACUCAUUGAGAAGCGAAAGAGAAGAAAACAGGAGCAGAAGAAGAAGCAGUUUUGUUUGUUUUUGGCACGUGAAGCGAUUAGUUUUGUUUGUUAAGUUCGGCGAUCGCGUGCUCAUCCCGAAACGCCACAAAUGGAACAACGACAUAGCGAGCAGUGCGGGGCGCUGGAUGAGACGCAGUGCUUUCGGAUAGGACGGCACCCGGAGGUGCAGCAGCACUGUCGGAGGCAGCCCUCCUCCACCCGGCACAAGGUGCGGACGAUGCCGGUGCUGCUGUCCCUGCUGCUAGUGCUGCUGCUGCCCGCCCUCGUGAGCCGCGGCCAGGUGAGCGGCGAACCGAACUGCCCGUCCGCCUGCCAGUGCAAGUGGAAGGGCGGCAAGCAGGCGGUGGAGUGUCUGAGCGGCAACCUGUUCACCAUCCCGGAGAACAUCGACCACUCGACGCAGGUGCUGGACGUGUCCGGCAACAAUCUGCAGAUCAUCUCGAACGAAACGUUCGUCCGGUCGAACCUGCUGAACCUGCAGAAGCUGUACAUGCGCGACUGCCGCAUCGGCCAGAUCGAUGACGGGGCGUUCGCCGGGCUGACCAAUCUGGUCGAGCUCGACCUGUCGAUCAACCUGCUGACGGCGGUACCGUCCGCCGCCUUCCAGCACAUCGUGUCGCUGCGGGACCUUACGCUCGCCCGCAACCACAUCCAGAAGAUCGAGAGCCACGCGUUCCGGAACGUGACGGCGCUGACCAAGCUCGAUCUGUCGUUCUGCAGCAUCCAGACGAUCGCGCCGCAAGCGUUCGAGGGGCUCGGGUCGCUCCACUCGCUCAAGCUGAACGGCAACCAGCUGUCCGAGCUGCGGCCGAAAACGAUCGAAACGCUCAGCCGGCUGCACGGGAUCGAGCUGCACGGGAAUCCGUGGGUGUGCGACUGCCGGCUGCGGGCGGCCAAGCUGUGGCUGACGGAGCACAACAUCCCGUACCCGAUCGCGCCGACCUGUGCCGGCGGGCCGGAGCGCGUGAUGGACAAAACGUUCGGCGAGCUGCAGGUGGACGAUUUCGCCUGCAAGCCGGAGAUGCUGCCGGUGCGCCGCUUCAUCCAGUCGUACAGCGGGGAAAAUGCCACGAUCGAGUGCCGCAGCUCGGCCGUGCCGUCCGCCACGGUGAACUGGUACUGGAACGGGAAGCUGCUGGUGAACAACUCACACUUCAGCGCGUACCAGCGCGUGCUGGUGCACGAGCAGGGCAACUUCGAGAAGCGGUCGCGGCUAACGCUCACCAACGCGCAGGAGACGGACUCGAGCGAGUUCUACUGCGUGGUGGAGAACCGGGCCGGCACGGCCGAGGCCAACUUUACGCUGCACGUGGCGAUGCGCGACGUCGGGUUCGUGAUCGAAAACCGCCAGGUCAUUGGGCUGAGCGCGGCCCUGGUCAUACUGAUACUGUUCAUCCUGCUGAUCAUACUGUUCCUGCUGGUGCGGUUACGGCGCAUACCGAUGACGGAGACGAAAACCCCGAACCAGGUCGAGGUGAUCACGUCCGUAAGUCCCUCUAGCAAUGUAAAUGGCAAGGUGGCGACGCCUAUUAACAAUUGUCAUUCUCCAGAUCGAGCCAAAGCCGCCGGCGAUCUGAAGUGCGGCCCGAACCCGGCCGCGAACCCGCUCCAGAAGCCGCCGCGGCUGACCGACCUGCCGUACUCGACGUCGCACUACGACGGCGGCGGCAGUCUGAUCGCGUCCGGCCAGUGCUUCGUCUCGCCGACCCACUCGCUCGCCGGCAACAAUCCGGACCUGAUCAACGACACCAAGCGGCUGGGCAGCGGGACGGACCUGACGGCGGCGACGGCAGCGCCGGGCCCGGCCGUGCCCGGCGGUGGUGUGGCCGACCCGCUCGCCCACCUCGGCCAGCUGCAGCUGCAGGCCACCAGCGCGCUCAGCACCGCCCUCUCGCUGAUGGAUCCGGUCGAGCGGCCGGGCAGUGGCGAGUAUAGCCGGGCCGGUUGCGACUCGCUCUAUCCGUCCGGGCUGUGGGAAACGCACAGCUCCAACCUAGCGGCGACCGGGCUCGACCAUGGGGGGAGCCACGGUCCCGGUCCGUACUCGGACAAGCUACCGAUUCUCGGCGGUGGCGGCUCCGGUGCCGGCCCCGCCAUGCUAAACCUCGACGACGAAACGUCCUCGGUGGACUAUCUCAGCCGGACGUUCCCGCGCACCCAUCUUACCGGCGGGCUGUCGCUGUCGACCACCGCAUCGUCCGGCGGGUCGUACGGCCACGGGGCAGCAGCAGCAGCAGCAGCGACGGGCGGCACUACUACCACCGGCAGUGGCGGCGGCUACCCGGCCGACUACGGGCUGCCGAUCGUGCCCGGCGCCGAGCAGCUGCACAACAAGCUGGCGAGCGGGCAGCCGGCCCACCACGGCAGCACCGGCAGCAUGCCGAUGAACGCGAAAACGCUGCGCGUGUGGCAGAAGGGCGGCGUGCCGGUUCUGCCACCGGUCACCGCCUUAAAACGUGCUUUAUCCAACAGCCGCAACUCGCCCGACGAAGGCUACCAGGAGGGCUGCGGGACGGACGUGUAGUCCUGCCUGUAGCCUUUCCGCUUGCCCAGCCUGCUAGCAGCAGCAGCAGCAGCAGCAGCAGCCCACGACCAGCCGCCUCCCUCCCCGGCCCCAGCGAGUGAUAACGACGACGAUGACGACGAGGACGACGUUUGAGCGCUGCCGGCACCACCACUGGAUCCGCUCGAAACCGCUCGAAAUGGCGCCUGCCGGUAUGCAAACCGCACGACACACACAGACGUUGGGCGUAUGGUGAAAAAUGGUGUGCGUUUUUAGACAAGAAACCCCGUUUUUUGUGUUUUAUGUGGGUGUGUGUGUGUGUGCGCGGUACGAGUAUAGUAUUUGUGUCUCUCAAUCGCCUCGCGAUACUCGAAAAGUAGCUAGUACGAAAAUGCUUCCUCGGUGAGCAACACGCGUCACGAAACGACUAAUAACUGAAUGACCGGCGAGUGAGAUUUGUAGACGUUGCCCAGGAAGAACGAACACGAAAACGAGUAGCGAAAACAUAGCACUACACAGAAAAGAAAACCACCACCUCCGGUCCUUAAGCGUGCGUGUGUACAAUGUAUGUAUGUGUGUUAAUUCUUGUGCAAGCGACCGGUAAAAAAAAGGGAAGAACGGGAAAAUGGUCCAUUGUUUUCAAUUACGUUUCGCAGUACGGUCUAGUGAUGGGUCGGUCUGAACCUGAUAGUUUCUGUACUAUCAUUCAAACUUGUCACAAAGUUUGUGUGCGCGUGUGUUGUAAAACUGUGGACCGGGAUUUAACAAAAAAAAAAAAACAUCGG